AUGUCCUUGGCAGUUAGAAGUAUAACGACUCAACUAUUAAAUGUAUUCCCUGGUUUAGCCGAAUUAAACAUUGGUAUGUUGUUAGCAGCACCAAAGAAAAAGACGUCACAUCAAAAGAAGAGACAAAGAUUACUAGCAGACAAUGCUAAUCGUAAUAAUGUAAAAUUUUUGAAUAAUCUAAACAAAUGUCCCUCAUGUGGUCAUUUUAAAAGAAUGAAUACAUUAUGUCCGUUCUGUGUUGGAGAGAUCCGUCAUAUAUGGAAAGCUCAUCUUGCAGUCAAGGAAGAGGUUAAGGAAUCUGUGGAUUCGGUUAUCAGUGAGGUUGAUAAGAGAAUUUUAUAUCCAGGUAGAGUGGAUACAGCAUAUAUGCGUAAAUUAAAGGAUAAAGACAGUUACUUGAAAAGAAGAACCAAGACAUUGCCUGUUGAAAGAAAUCAAUAA